CUCUGACCGCUGGGAUCCGCCAUCCUUACUCAAGCGACACUCAGCCUAAACACCAUACAAACUCUUCCACUUAUUACUCUUUCUGUCAAAUUUAAGUGGAUUAUACCUUUUUGGUCGCUGGAAGGAAUUAGAAAACAUUUACCACAGUGUUUUUGAAGUCUCAUCCCUCCAUUUUGAGUCUGACGGGAAUUUCGAGAGUUUGAAACUCUGAGAAACAUGACAAACAUUAACACCGCCAACAUCAACUUCAAAUGGGAUCCCAAGAGCCUGGAGAUCCGCACACUGGCUGUGGAAAGACUGCUGGAGCCCCUGGUCACCCAGGUAACCACACUUGUGAACUCCAGCAACAAAGGACCAUCCAACAAGAAAAAGGGGCGCUCCAAGAAAGCUCAUAUUCUGGCAGCUUCUGUGGAGACAGCCACUCAGAACUUUUUGGAGAAAGGUGAGAAGAUAGCUAAAGAGAGCCAGUUCUUAAAGGAUGAGCUGACUGCAGCGGUGGAGGAUGUUCGCAAGCAAGGAGAAUCCAUGAAGUUGGCCUCAGGAGAGUUUGCAGAGGAUCCCUGUUCUUCAGUGAAAAGAGGCAACAUGGUCCGUGCUGCACGUGCCCUUCUGUCUGCUGUCACUCAUCUGCUUGUACUGGCGGACAUGGCUGAUGUAUACCAACUCCUGCUUCAGCUCAAACUGGUGGAGGAGAGCCUGGUGAAGGUGCGUAAUGCAUGCACGGAGCAAGAUUUGGGCAUCCAGUACAAAGCUCUAAAGCCGGAGGUGGACAAACUGAACAAGAUGGCAGCCAAGAGGCAGCAGGAGCUCAAGGACGUCCAUCACAAAGACCAAAUGGCAGCGGCCCGCGGCGUCCUGCAGAGGAACGUUCCAAUGCUGUAUACAGCCUCGCAUGCCUGCCUGCAGCAUCCAGACGUGGCCGCAUACAAGGCCAACCGCGACCUCAUCUACAAGCAGCUGCAGCAUGCUGUCUCUGGCAUAUCUAAUGCAGCUCAGGCUACCAGCAGUGAGGACUCCAGUUUCUCCCACCCUGCAGGUGGAGGAGAGCUGGCCUACGCCCUUAACAACUUUGAUAAGCAGAUCAUCGUAGACCCACUGAGUUUCAGCGAGGAGAGGUUCCGCCCUUCUCUGGAGGAACGUCUGGAGAGCAUCAUCAGUGGCGCUGCCCUUAUGGCCGACUCGUCAUGCACACGUGAUGAUCGCCGGGAGCGCAUUGUGGCCGAAUGCAAUUCUGUUCGCCAGGCGCUGCAGGAUCUUCUCUCUGAGUACAUGGGGAAUACUGGGCGCAAAGAGAAGAGUGAUGCCCUUAAUAUGGCCAUCGACAGGAUGACUAAGAAGACCCGUGACCUACGUAGACAGCUGCGAAAGGCUGUGAUGGACCAUGUGUCAGACUCUUUUCUGGAGACCAAUGUUCCACUGCUGGUAUUGAUCGAGGCUGCCAAGAAUGGUAAUGAAAAGGAGGUUAAGGAAUAUGCCCAAGUUUUCCGUGAGCAUGCCAACAAACUGAUUGAGGUAGCUAACCUUGCAUGCUCCAUCUCCAAUAACGAGGAGGGAGUGAAACUGGUGCGGAUGGCCGCUUCCCAGCUGGAAACGCUUUGCCCUCAGGUGAUUAAUGCGGCCUUGGCCCUGGCUACCAAGCCUAACAGUAAGGUGGCCCAGGAUAACAUGAACUUGUUUAAGGAGCAGUGGGAGAAACAGGUGCGAGUGCUUACUGACGCGGUGGAUGACAUCACUUCCAUUGAUGACUUCCUCUGUGUGUCUGAAAACCACAUUCUGGAAGAUGUUAACAAGUGUGUCAUCGCCCUGCAAGAGAAGGAUGUCGAUGGGCUUGAUCGCACUGCUGGAGCCAUUCGAGGAAGAGCUGCACGCGUGGUCCAUGUGGUCACCUCUGAGAUGGACAACUAUGAACCUGGAGUCUACACAGAGAAGGUUCUUGAGGCCACCAAGCUUCUCACUGAUACAGUGAUGCCACGUUUCACUGAGCAGGUAGAGGCAGCCGUGGAAGCCCUCAGCUCCAACCCAAGCCUGCCAGUUGACGAGAACGAGUUCAUUGACGCUUCGCGACUGGUGUAUGAUGGCGUGAGGGACAUCAGGAAGGCCGUACUCAUGAUCAGGACCCCAGAGGAGCUCGAUGACUCUGACUUUGAGACGGAAGACUUUGAUACACGCAGCCGGACUAGUGUGCAAACGGAAGACGAUCAGCUCAUCGCCGGACAGAGCGCUCGGGCCAUCAUGGCUCAGUUGCCCCAGGAGCAGAAGGAAAAGAUUGCAGAGCAGGUGGCCAGUUUCCAGGAGGAGAAGAGCAAGCUGGAUGCUGAGGUGUCCAAGUGGGAUGACAGUGGAAAUGACAUCAUCGUUCUGGCCAAGCAGAUGUGCAUGAUCAUGAUGGAGAUGACAGAUUUCACCAGGGGCAAAGGACCACUAAAAAACACCUCUGAUGUCAUCAGUGCAGCGAAGAAGAUUGCUGAAGCCGGCUCGAGAAUGGACAAACUUGGCCGUGCUAUUGCAGAUCAAUGUCCAGAUUCAGCAUGCAAGCAAGAUCUAUUGGCCUAUCUUCAGCGUAUCGCCCUGUACUGCCACCAGCUCAAUAUCUGCAGUAAAGUAAAAGCAGAGGUGCAGAAUCUGGGAGGAGAACUUGUGGUGUCUGGGGUGGACAGUGCUAUGUCUCUGAUUCAGGCUGCCAAGAAUUUGAUGAAUUCGGUGGUGUCCACAGUGAAGGCUUCCUAUGUGGCAUCCACUAAGUACCAAAAGUCUCAAGGAAUGCAAAACCUCAACAUGCCUGCCAUCUCCUGGAGGAUGAAAGCUCCAGAGAAGAAGCCGCUGGUCAAGCGUGAGAAGCAAGAUGAUGGUCAGACAAACAAAGUGAAGAGGUCCUCUCAAAAGAAAUUUGUCAACCCUGUGCAGGCCCUGAGUGAAUUCAAAGCAAUGGAUAGUAUUUAAGCAGCCCUUAUGGCAUUUCACCAGAUGGCAGUAGAUUUUACUUCAGAUGUACAUUGAGCCUUACAGUUACUCCGAUUUAGAAAGGAAAUAUUUACACACAUUCCUGUACCUUAGUUACAAACCUGCCUUUUUUUUUUCAUAAAUGCAGUGGCUGUGCUGUGUGCACUGAGGUCCAUAUAGAAUUUUUUGUUCUGUUCAUAAUUUCUAUUUAUAUUUUUACAUAUGCAUUCUGCUCAAUCUGUAAACGCAAGAUUUUCCUGGCGACAGGUAGGGGAAUACAUUUAAUUCAUGGCAUUCCCUCACAUUUCUAUGUACCGUCUGAAAACCUAUUUACAUUUUUUUGAAUUGUAUUUUACAAGGAGGCUAUGUUCCACACUUAGGGCUUUGAUAUUGCCCAUCAAUGUCAUAUCAUUGAUAAUUUAGUGUCAGUCUCAAUAACAAAGUCAUUGUAUUUGCUGUGCCUAAUAAAACGUUUGAUAACUUUUUAAGCCUUUCUAGUUUUAGCUGUUAACAUUAACAAAUUAAAAAAAAGUCCUGUGAUUGUUGCUGCAAACACCUUGCAUUAAAGUCUAAUGAAAAGACUAAAAACUUUGGAGGUAGAACUAAAAUCCAUCGAACCGGUUGCUUUGCUCAGUCACUAGAGUUGCCUAAAGAGAGAACAAUAUUAAUAAUGCCUUCGUAAUCUCAAGGUGCAGUAGGGCAACGCAAAAUGUGAAAGGGAGACUGAGAUCAAGUGAGUUCAAUCUUCUAGCCCUCGAUUUAAAUUCAGAAGACUGGCCGUAGGCCUCUCCUCCUCCCACCCUUCCGUGACUCAGACACUGAUUAAAUGAAUCAACACGCCUCUUAUUCAGUUGAGUGCUCACUAAGAGGUGGAGAACUCUUGGGCUAAAUGGUUGUGGAUGGACUAGGCCAGAAGUCUGCGAGCUGCCAAGCACCGCCAACGUUAAAUGGGAUCAACCACCUCGAACACCCAAAACGAGCUUCCAAAUCGCAGCGAUCAAUAUUCUUCAAAAGGCCAUGUUAGUUAAUGAGUUUGUUAUUGGCUCAUCUGUUGAGUAUCUCUGGCAAGCAGUGGAUAAAACAUAAAUGUCUCUCAGCCCUCAAGCAUUUAUAAAGUACAUGCUAUAUGUAACAUUUCUCUCACAAUAAAUACAUUCUUGAUUGUGAAAGUGCAGGAUGAUGUGUGAUGUGUUGUGUGAAGGGUAUGACCUCAAAUGGAGUUGCUCAGAGAUUUGACUGGUCAACAGGGAAAAAGCGUUACACAUUAGUCGGAGCAGUGGGUGGUAAAGUGUUGCUUCUUAAGCUUCAUCUAGCUGUGCAUACACAUUGCUGUCAUGCAUGGAUCUGUGACUGUUCUUUGAAGUCUGAAGACUGUUUGCCACUUCCAGCCUGGUCCCAGCUUAAUAAAAAUGCAUUUAUUUGUUUCUGUAUGUAUAAACAAUGGUAAAUUCGGUCAUUGGAGUGACAUGACGGAUUGCUUGAGGGAUGUUUUUGAUUUGUUAGUUUUGAUAACAGCUUGUCGCAGUUAUCAAACACUUUCUGUAUAAAUGCCUGUAAAUAUGUCAUUCUUAUUGACACUACUCUGAGACAUUCUGCCUCUUAGAGCAAGUGAGAAAUACUUGUUUUUGUCAAAGUUGUUAUUCAAAUCAGACUGUUCCCUUUUUGUUUCAGGACAUCAAACAUUGC